CGUCGUCCGCGCAGAAAGUUGAGUUCUAGUUUGAUUACUACUUUAUAAGAUAACAUCACUUGAUUCAUUUCCUCGCAAAUAUAAACGAAGUGGAACACUGUGUUUUUAAUGCUAAGAAGUUAAUGCCAUAGUGCCUGGUACAAUAGCAGAAGAAUAGCCAUAAACUCUAAACAGGAAGAUAAGUUUCGCACACCAUGGUGGUUUACUUUACGGACCAUCUGCGGGCCAAGGGUGCUCAAAUCUUCCCCUUGAAGCCCGAAGUGAAAGUUCCAGCGAAACCAAUCAUCAGAAGUUUGAAUAGUCUCCUACAGGACAUAUAUGUGCGUUUCAUAGCACUAAGAGAUAAGGAUUUUGAGAAAUAUUACAAUGUGUUUGAAACAAUAUUCUUCAAACUGCAUGAACUGAUGAAAGAAGCAGAUCCAUACUACAAGCAAUAUUCCAGCGAUGUACUAUAUGCGGGUAGCCACUACGACAAACUACGCAUAAAUAAACCAGAUGAAUUCGACAUGGAUAUCGUCAUCGGUCUGCCCGUCAACGCGGACGAAAACCCCCAAAACCCGGCUAAAAGCGACGUGGUCAUCGAGGAUAUUGCUCCCGGCUUCGUAAGGCUGAAGAUGGGGAAACAGUUUCAGAACCUGCCGAAUAGGGAUCAGAGGGAAGAUUGGGAAAUAAACCAGACGGCUUACAAAUGGCUAGACGAUGACAACUACCUGCUGCGGUCACAGUUCAUGUACUGGUUCAAGAGUGUGGUCGACAAGGCCAUGAACCUCUUCGACGAGAACGAGGAUGGUCAGCCCUACAUGGACGUUCAGGGGACUGAGUACACCCUCCGCCUAUCUGCCAGUGGACCGGCGUACACGCUCAUCAUCGAGGACAAACACAGCGGGUUCCGUCUGGACGUGGACCUGGUCCCGGCGCUCAAGUUCCCUGAGGAUCGCUGGCCUAUCACCAAGAAAUAUAGAAGGAUACCCAAGCGUUGCAAGAAGGAUUUCUUCAUGGUGGUGCCGAAACCCUUGAAGGGCGGCCGCAGCCCGUUCGACUCGGACCGCUCCUGGCGGCUGGCUAUGCAUAUACAGGAGAAGGACCUCAUGUACGAUACCUGUCAUAUGAAGCAGGUCAUACGACUGAUAAAGAAGCUGCGUGACUCCCUAGGCAUGGACAAAAUAGCAAGCUACUACAUUAAGACCAUAUUCUACCACGAGGCCAUCGAACGAGAGCACGAUGAAGAUUUCUGGAGCAGAAACAGCCCUGCUGAUCUCUUCAUAUACAUGGUCAAGAAGUUCCUUCAAUACCUGGAAAACAAGAACAUUCCAUAUUUCUGGAACUCAGAGAAUAAUCUGAUAGGACACAUCAAUGACUCGACUUUAACCAGCUACGCAAAUCAGCUGAAGCAACUUGUAAAGGUUUUGGAUAAUUUGGAUGAUCCGUCGAACUAUAAGAAGGUUGCGAAGUUUUUGUUGACGAAGAGUCAAUUUGAGAUGUACAGGAAGAAAAUAUUGCGCAUGUAAUAGGGAAUAUUUACGCGAUACUGCGUAGAGGGCGCCACUACCACGAGCCAUCACAAUCUGAGGGGCCCUUUGUAAACAAACCGCCUUGAUGCGACAAUGUCAUAUUUUUUAUCUGUGAAAAACUGUCUUAAAACAGUUUAAGUAUGUAUAAGUUACUCUAUGGUUUACGAUAGGCGUUAGUGCUGCACUCUGGCGGCAGGACAUUGCUGUAAUACUAUUGCUAUACGCUUCGCAAGUCUUUUUUUUUUCGGAAAUUCAGAGCCUGAAUCUGUGGUCCCUGAAGAAAUGCUGAUUUUCCGUGAUCAUAGCUAUUAUGGGGGGUAGAGGUAGAGAACAAUCUCCUAUGGGAAAUCAGGCAGCUGUAUAUGAUAGUUCUAAAUCUCUCCGGUGGCGCUAGGGUAGCACAAGGAUAUGACAUAAACUUACGUUAUUGACGUAGUGAAGUUCACUGUCAGUGAUUUGAUUUUUUUUUGUCAAGGUAAAAAUAAUUUCGCGAUGUAUUGUGGCGCCACCUAUUUAAGGUUUGAUGGACAAUUUUCAUACACAUAGAUUGUUCUUCUUACCUCUACCCUCCAUAAUAUAGAUAUUCCAUUUAAAAAUACAGGUGCUAUAGAAAUAUCUGAAUUUAUUAAGUGACCAUAGAGAUGCAGCUGAUGUUAUAUGGAUAUCACAAAUAAAUUCUCUAUGGUCACUUAAUAAAUUCAAAUAUUCCAUGAUUAUUGUCAUUUUCCAUUCAAAAUACAAGUGCUAUUGACCUAUAUCUGAAUUUAGUGACAUUACAGAUUUAGGCCAUAUAUUUUUUUUAAUUUCAUCUUGUGUGUGACGUGCUUAAUAUUAUCAUUUAAUAUUUGAUCUUAACAAUAACAGUCUUGUUUUCAUGUGGUUGCUUCUUGGAACAACUUUUAAGUCAUUAAUUUAAUUUUAUGUUAAACUGUUAAGAUUAGAAUUUUAUGGUGCUAAAAAUAUUUUAACCGCAUAUUCAGGGCGGGUAAAAAAUAACUGCAUUCCCGUUGCCAUGCUAGGGAGGUUUUGGAAUUAUACUGAGCAACUUUUACUAUUGGGGCAACCUCGAUAUCGCGAAAAAAAAUUUGGCUGUCUCAUACAUUUUGGCUGGUCCAUUUUCUAUGGGAGGGUAAAUUUUUUUGUUGCGAUUUCGGGGUUGGUCCCAUAGUAAAAAUUGCUCAGUAUAAUCUCAAAAUCUCCCUGGCAAAGCGAAUGGAGUUAUUUUUUAGCCACCGUGUAUAAAUGCAUAAAUGUUUUUUUUUUUCAGUUUAUUAUAAAUAAGCACUCUGGUGGUGGUCUAAAACACUAUUUAAGGCAUAAGUAGGUCCUUAAGUUAAUAAUAAUUACAAAGCAUAAUAUUGUCGGAUCUCGUAUAACUUUUAGGCGAUAGUUGACAUAUUUUGUAGAUUUUAUACGUUGUGUGGCUCAUACUUUUUUUAAUUUCUAAUAAUAGAUGUAGGAUUA